AUGAUGUCCAUGAACAGCAAACAGCCGCACUUCGCGAUGCAUCCCUCUCUACCCGAGCACAAGUACACCACGCUGCACUCCAGCUCGGAAGCUAUAAGGAGAGCCUGUCUACAAGCUCCACAGCUGCAGAACAACAUUUUCGCCAGCCUGGAUGAGACCCUGCUGGCCCGGGCGGAGGCUUUGGCGGCUGUGGACAUCGCCGUGUCCCAGGGCAAGACGCACCCCUACAAGCCCGACGCCACCUACCACACGAUGAGCGCGGUGCCCUGCUCGUCGAAUUCCACCGUGCCACUGGCCCACCACCACCACCACCAUCACCACCACCACCACCAGAACCUGGAGACGCCGGACAUCAUGGACCACAUCGGCUCGCCGUCCCUCAACCUCAUGUCGCACGACGGGACCGGCGGUGGAGGUGGCGGAGGAGGCGGAGGAGGCGGCGGGCUCCUCUCCACCCCCUCCGGACACCCGCACUCUCACAUGCACGGCUUGAGCCACCUCUCCCACCAGGCUAUGGGCAUGAACUCGCCUCUCACCCACCACGGGCUCUUACCGGGCCACCACGGGGGGACUCAAUGCGGCCCAGGGCUCAAUAACAACGGACUCCCCUCAAUCACGGACUCGGACACGGACCCGCGGGAGCUGGAGGCUUUCGCGGAGCGCUUCAAGCAGCGGCGGAUCAAGCUGGGGGUGACCCAGGCGGACGUGGGCGGCGCCCUGGCUAAUCUCAAAAUCCCCGGCGUGGGGUCACUGAGCCAAAGUACAAUUUGUCGGUUCGAGUCGUUGACUCUGUCCCACAACAACAUGAUCGCGCUCAAGCCCAUCCUGCAGGCCUGGCUGGAGGAGGCCGAGGGGGCCCAGCGGGAGAAGAUGAGCAAACCGGACAUUUUCAACGGAGGGGAAAAGAAACGCAAGCGGACGUCGAUAGCGGCCCCAGAGAAGAGGUCUCUGGAGGCGUACUUCGCCGUGCAGCCGCGACCAUCGUCCGAGAAAAUCGCAGCUAUCGCGGAAAAGUUGGACUUGAAAAAAAAUGUGGUGCGCGUGUGGUUUUGCAACCAAAGACAGAAACAGAAGAGGUUGAAAUUUUCCGCCACUCACUGA